AUGCUACAUAGGGGAUUGUAUUUGGCUGCCGGUCUGUUGCGAUCUUUGGAUUGUGUCCAGGCGCUUGAAUAUCGUGCACAGCAUCUCGUGAAGGGUAGCCAUGAGCGGGGCAAAAAUAGGGUAUUAGCUGUCUAUUUUCCCUCCAAGCAAAAGCUUUCGGAGGAGUCUAGGCGUGAAUUCUUAGGGAUACAUGCAAGAUAUGCAAAAUAA